AUAAGGGUUGUGCUUAUAGUUUGUUGAGAAUGCUUCAGGAAAAUAAGAUCUCUUAUAUAUUUGAAUAUUAUUUGAUUUCACCUGGAGCUAACUUUACAAUUUUGUUUCCGUUUUCAUCUUUUUAAAUUUUCAUAGGUUUAAGUUAAUUAAUACUUCGAUUUAUAAAAGGAGGUAAUGAUUCAUAUUUGGGGACAGAUUUUCUUUAAUACAUACUGUGAUUUUCUUUUACCAGUUCGUAUUAUCUUAUAAUGGCAUGGUAUUUCAUAAGUAUUAUUAAGAACGUACACCCGUUAACUCUAGUAUGGGGCAUAAAUAUAGAAUUCGUAACAUUAGUAGAGCAUCUGUUAUGGGAUUAUUUCAACUAAUACAAUAUAGCAAACUAUUUAUAUUUCAACUCCAUAAACCGCUAUCAGUUGUUUAAAUUAAUCCCUUAUUCCUUGUUCUUAACAUGUCUGACAGUAUUCGUAUCCACUCAUCCAUGUCGUGUACAUAUUUGAAAUAGACUUUUUGAAUUAAUAAUUUACUUUGAUGUCACUCUCUUUUUUAGAUAGUUAGAUCAUAUUUAGAAAAUGGAGAUUAAACCUCCAAUUAAUCUUGAAGUAUUUAAUCUUGAACUUAUCAGUUUGUGGUUAAUUUACAUCCGCACCUAUUUCAAGAUUACUAGCUUUGUGAGCGCAUCAUAUUCAUUUUUUGGCAGUUAAAUUUAUAAUUUUCCUCAAUGUUCAGAAAAAUAUGGUACUAUCCCUUUUCCACAUAAGGUUUAUGCAUGAAGAUCAUCUCAUUGUCUAGUCAUUCUGAUGGCUUCACAGUUCACACUACGGAGACUGUUAAGAAUUAUAAUCUUUGGGUAACCAAAAGAAUGAACCUGACUCUUCUAUGCUGUUUGGAACCUCUUUUUUCCGCCUAUCUUCAAUUUAUAGCCCUUAAAGUUUGUAUGCCAAAUCUAACUAAAUCGGGAUGCUGUUGAUUGUAAAUGAUACUUUGAUUGGUUAAAUUGCAGCUUGUACGCAUACCAUAUAUCCUAAAUAGAAUCGUAGAACUUUUUCCCACAUUAUAUGCCCUAAAAAUUAAUCCUACAGUACACACGGUAUAUGGUUCAACAUUCAAAGAUUAGCUGCAGACUCCUUUCUGGAGUGGUAUAAAGCGCCCCUGUUUUUUCCCCCCUUGAUCGUGCAGAGAAGGUAUGGCUGCCGUGCAAUGAUGCUGGAAACUGUUGCGGCUGUACCCGGAAUGGUUGGCGGCAUGCUGCUGCACUGCAAGUCUCUCCGUCGCUUUGAACACAGUGGAGGCUGGAUCCGUGCCCUCCUCGAAGAAGCAGAGAAUGAGCGUAUGCACCUCAUGACCUUCAUGGAGGUCUCCCAGCCCCGCUGGUACGAGCGUGGCCUCGUGAUGGCAGUUCAGGGUGUCUUCUUUAACGCCUACUUCUUGGGUUACCUCAUUUCUCCCAAAUUCGCUCAUCGUGUAGUGGGCUAUCUCGAGGAAGAAGCCAUUCAUUCGUACACUGAGUUCCUUAAAGAGCUUGACAAGGGUAACAUUGAGGACGUCCCUGCUCCGGCGAUCGCCAUCGACUACUGGCGCCUGCCACAGAACGCGACUCUCAGAGAUGUUGUCAUGGUUGUUCGUGCUGAUGAGGCUCACCACCGCGAUGUCAACCACUUUGCUUCGGAUAUUCACUACCAGGGACAUGAGCUUAGAGAGCUGCCUGCUCCUGUUGGGUAUCACUGAUGAACUCUUCCUACUGGAAGUACUCGAGACAUAAUCAGACUUUGAAUAAAGUGGUCAGAUGAUGAUAUGGUGUACAUACAUCGCAGCAUGAUUUGGGCGUCUGUGUCAGAGUUUGAACUUCGAAGUGUGAUGGGUCUUUUGAUGUGGUAGCAAGACUGCUUAGAGAGUGUAUGCGUAGAAUUCGUUGCUUGUUAUUUGUUUGAUCUUGUGGUCUGUCCUGCGAUAUUUCUUUACUGAGUUCUAAUUCUGUUUGCA